AUGGCUACACUUGCAGAGUUCAUCGACGGACGGCUGGCCAAAUUGAACGCAGGCCGCGGCUUCUCCGACGUGUUUGAAGAAGAGAUCACAGAGGGGGGCUUCUGUGGAAGUAAUUCAAGGUCUUACCAGCAAUGGAUGCACACUGUAAAGAGAGGAGGAGCACUCUUCAACACAGCUGUGACAAAGGCCAAGAGUCAUGCCAAGAGGGGCAUCCGGGACAUUAAGGGUAGACUUAAAGCAAGGGAAGAAGAAGAAGAGGGGGUGAUGGUCUGUGCGGGGUCUCCCACCAGCACCAAGAGCUUGUCUCCAAGGAGACUGCAGAAGAUGAGACGGCAAAACUUCAACAAGUCUCCAAUGAGCAUGGGCCCUCGAGAGCUUGGCUACGGGCUCGAUGAUGAUGAGCUGGACAGUGCAAGCAAGAUCUCCUCAGAGGACAGCGGCGAUGUUCCUUCGUACCUCGGGGACAGCGAUGAUUCCUACUCACUAGAACUCGACAUAGACUCCUCCCGCUCAGGCCAGAUGAACCUGCUGGAGGAAAUCCUAGACUCUCUGAACACCACAACGGUGGAGCAAGGCAGGCUCAGCGCUGCCAAGAGCCUGGACUUCUUCAGGUCCAUGGAAGAGUUGGACUACAAAGCCCUGGUGGAGUCCUGCAGCAGGGCCGGGAUGAUGGUGUUGAAAGCAGAGCUGGAAUCCACAAAUAGGAUCCUGGCCGAACUGAUGGACGGGGAGAACAAAACGGAGACAAAGAGACAAAACACUCCCAACGGAGACAUUCUUGAUGUCAGAUAUGUCAGACGGCGGUUUAGUGAAGAGAAAAGACCCCUGCUGAGUCCCAGACAGGCUGUGUGA